GUGUGCCACUUGUUGUUUUUCGUGUUCGGAUCAUAAUUUUAAAACACAUUUCGCUAUUUUAGCAGCCGUGUGUAGAAAUGUCCGAGACAAAAGAACUCCAGAAUGACGAAAGGGAAGCGCUCGUUUCGAUAUACGAAGGCGACAGUGCCUUCAAGCAGGUGAACUCUGAGACGUAUCAGUACAAAUACGGAGAGGAAGGCAAUAAAUCGUUUCUACUGGAAAUAUGUUGGACGGAAAAUUACCCAAACGAACAUCCCACCUUCAACCUGGAAACCUUUUACAAUAGGAAUCUAUCUCGCGCGGUGAAAGACAGCAUCACCAAAAUUUUGCAGGAAGAAGCCGAACAAUGGAUUGGCUGCGGGAUGACCUAUACAUUAUUUGAGUGCCUGAAGGAUAAACUGGAUGAGCUGUUGACGGACGAAAACUGCAAUGCGAGUGAUGGUCAACAAAUGGUCAUCGGUACGGCGGACAACGUUCCACUGGCCGUCGAACAAAGCAACAGCGAUUCGGACGACGAUGGUGGUACUAACGAAGGAAAGGAUGGAAAGAAGGAAUCAAAACGGGAACAUUUGACCAAAGCCCAAAAACGGAAACAGUGGGACCGUGUAGAUAGUAAAGGAAAUCGACAGCGUGGCUGGAACUGGGUUGAUAUUAUCAAACAUUUAUCGCAAACGGGUGGAAAGCCGGAAUAGUAUGA